AUGUCCUCGCGCACACUGCGUACGAUGCAGAGCCUCGGGCGACAGGGCAGCCUCGCCGAGCUCCACGGCGAGGCGCAGAACGCGGGCGGCUUUACCGGCUACCUCACGACGACGGUCACCGACUUCUUCACGAGCCCGCACAGCGCGUGCAUCAAAUUCGUCGUCGUUAUCGCUGGUAUUGCCCUCACGCUGCCCGCGAUCUUGUUUCCAGUCUUUGUGAGCCUCAAAAUCGAAGGCCACGUGCACUGGACAUGGCUGCAGACGUUCAUCCCGCUCUUCAUCGUCACGGUCGUCUUGCUGCCCGUGUACAUGCUCUUGACGCAAAUCGACAACCCCAAGGUCGGCAACAACGACGAUGAUGGGCCGCCCAUGUCCAACGCCAAUACCGACUGCCACGCCAACGACACCGCGGUCUUGCUUGCCGCCUCGGACGCCGAGAGCCCGCCCCAAAAAAUCAUGACGGGAAGUGUGUUUAGCCUGCUGUGCUCGCUGGUGGCGCACAUUUUCAUCGCGCUUCGCCUUGACGGUCACCUUGACUGGGCGUGGCUCUACGUGCUCUUGCCGUACUGCUUUGUCAUUCUCGUUGACCGGUCGUCCUCGAGCGUCCUCCAAGUGCUGCAAGUCGUCUUCGUCGCCGAGAAGCUCGACGGCGCCCUCACGUGGUCCUGGCUCGUGGUGCUUUUGCCAACAUGGCUGCCCCUCGCCGUCAUGCUCGUCGUCUUUCCCAUUGGCGCCGCCUUUGCGGUGCUCAUGUUUGCGGGCGACGACGACAGCCCAUCGCCCACGCGGUGGUGCUUUGCGACAUCGGUCUUUUUGGGCUACUUUACGUUCUCAACCAUGUGGAUUUGCGUGCCGUGGAUCAUCAUGUACAGCGUUGUCGUCCUCCUCGCGACGCUAGCGGUCUUGGUCCUUGCGUUCCACGGCAAACCGACGGCGUCUCUCCAGGCGAACGGCGAGAACACGCUGACCAGCGACUACGGCUCUGUCUAA